GUUAACCUUGUGAUUUGGGGGCAGAUGUCAGUCAGUGUGUUCGCCCAUACAACACAUAAACCUGCACGCCACACUGUGUAGCCACUGCAGUUAGAGCUGCUGGUGCUGGUCAGAAUGAAGCUCCAUGUCCUCUGUGGUCUCCUCUAUGCGGUCACUAAAGAGGUUUUGGCUGUUAAGCUGACAGGCAGAGUAAAUGACCAUCUUAGCUUCUCCUGCCAUCACUCGUGGGCCAGUACAAACAUCAAGUACUUUUGCCGAUGGGGCUGCUCAGAUAAAGACGUUCUCAUCAGAUCUAACGGAGUGGGGAAAAUAGCCCAGAAAGGACGAUACUCGCUGUAUGACCGAGGAAGAGGACGCAUCACCAUCACCAUCGCAGGCCUGUGGAAGUCAGACUCUGGAAAGUACUGGUGCGGGGUGGAGAGGUCUGGAAUGGACACGUUUCAAGAGGUCUUCCUUACAGUGCUGGAUGCUUCUAUGGUCACUACAUCACCUAAAACAGUCUUUGACCCAAACUCUUCAGUGGAGAAGACAGACAAGAUCUCUACUAAAGGUCGUCAGAGCAUCAUUCCUGUGUGCGUGACCGCUUUAUUGUUGACCGUCGUUCUGUCUCUGGCACUUUACUAUAAAUGGGGGAAAUCCUGCUGUGCAGUAAGAGCUUGUUUCUCCAAACGUUCUGACAAGUCAAGUAGAAGUGAAGUUAACACAGUCAAUGAACAGACCUCAUCUAGACCCCAGAAAUCAGAUGGAAUCUGCUCCAUCUACGAGAACAUGGACCCCAGCACAAUCCAAACAAAUCCACUCUACCAUUCGCUGCACAACACCAUCAAAUCAGAUCACUUGUAUGACAGUCUAGUCAAACAAAAGGGCCAAUCAGAUCGAUUCAAACCCAAAAAGAACCAGAGAUGUCUCAAAUGAACACUCUGCAAAGUUUCCAUCUAGUAAUGAAAAUAUUCACGUUGAACUAAAACAAUUUGAGUGAUUUAAUUGCGUAUGUUGAGUAGAGCGUUUGGAAUUGUGUAAAAUAUUAAUGAUGUCUUUAAUUUCU